UGAAGAUUAACUUCCGGUUUGGAAAGUGUUUUCAAUCACAUUUUCUUAUUUUACAACCUCAGUCGAUAUAGUGUUGUAGUAUAAUAAGCCUACACUACCCCUACAGUAAUAUCCUACAUCAUGGCAAUGUUAGAGUUGGAUCCAAUAUUUGUGAAGGCAUUGCGAUUGCUGCAUUCACGGAAGAAAGAAUCAGCUGCCGAGUUAAAGCAAAUGGCGGAAGAACUUAGUGCUCAAAAGAGAAAAGAACGGGGAUUGAGUAGCAGGCCUGUCAAUAAAGUAGAUUCUGAAAGGCAGAAGAAGGAAAUUGAGAAAGAGAAAAUAGAAAAGCUAAAACAGGACCUUGCUGAGUUUUCUGACCUCACGGCUGAGCCCUCUCCUAAAAAAGCUCGUUAUGACUCGCCAAAAUCCCAGUCACCAGAUCGGGAAAAACCUAAGGAAAAGAGUAAAGACCGCGAUCAGGAUCGAUACAAAGAGAAAGAAAAACAACGCCAGAAGGAACGGGAAAAAGAGGAGGCAAGGAUAAAAGCGAAGGAAGAGGCUGCAAAGCUAGAGGAGGAAAAAUUGAAGGAUAUGACUCGUUACGAUUCAUCUACUGAAGAUGAUGAUGAUGACGUCAUGAUGACAUCCCUCGCUGUUGCAGAUUUUGCUGCAGAUAUGGGGAUUUCCUGUAUUGUUUGCAAGAAGUUUGAUACGCGGGCAGGUAAUCAGCUGGUUGAGUGUCAAGAAUGUCAUGGACUUUAUCAUCAGACAUGCCACAAGCCUGCCAUUACAGAGGAUGUCAACGACCCAAGGUUUGUCUGGUACUGCCACAAGUGUUCCAAGAAUAUGAAGAAAAUUGUGGCUAAACCAACUAAACACAAGUCGAGCCCAACCCCAUUUGUGCGUGAGAGCAAGGAGGUAAAACCUAGUAAAACUGAAGCAGCCCCUGGCCCCAUGCUUCAGCCAUUCAAACGUGUUGAGCCAAAGAGUUCUUCAUCUUCUAAGGAAUCUCCUACUGGGUCAAAUACAAAACCUGGACUUGGCCUUGCUGGAUUUGCAGCCAAUCUCAGUGGGAAGUCUAGUGGAAAAUCUGAAUCUUCCAAGCUUUCCUUAUCCGGAUCUGGCAAAGGACUUUCGCAGCUUGCUGAAAAAUCCAAAUUGUCAAAAUCUGGAAGCAGCGGAAGUAGUUUAUCUAAAUCAGGAAAUAGUAGUGGCAGUUUGUCAAAAUCUGGAAAUAGUAGUAGUUUGUCAAAAUCUGGUAGUAGCAGCAGUAGUAGUAGUGGCUCAAAAUCUGGAUCUAGCGGGAGUAGUUCAUCAAAAUCUGGAUAUAGCAGUAGUAGUGGCUCAAAAUCUGGAUCUAGCGGGAGUAGUUCAUCAAAAUCUGGAAGUAGCAGUAGUGGUUUAUCCAAACACAGUAGUAGUAGUAGCUCAUCAUCAAAAUCUAGUAGCUCAAGUUCUAGCUCUUCAAAAACAGGAAGUAGCUCGAGCUUGUCUAAAAGUGGGAGUGGAAGUACAAGUGGAGGUGGAACAACAUCAUCAUUGUCAGCUGAUAAACGGCUACAAAUUAUGAAGAAAAAAGCAGCUUCCAAAUAUAAAUAGUGAACUGAAUUUCUGUGAUGCAAAGUAUUAGCCUUUGUUGAACAGUGAAACUUUCAUUUUGACAAUUUAAAACUGAAAGUAUCGAUAAUGAUACUGCCUCUUCUGUAAAUAAAUUACUGCAUUUAAAUGUGUUUUUUAACAGUAACAGCAGUAAAAGCUAUCUUGUGGAAUACAUUUUUAGGUGGAACAGUUUUCCUGUGACACUGACUAAAUGUUAAAUAAACCUCUGUAGUGGAACACCACCUAAAUGGGACACUUUUCAUUGGCAUUCCACU